AUGGGCGGGUGGCUCGCUCUGGCCCUCGCGGCGCUCUGCCGGGGGCAUGCCGAGCCUCCCAUCGGCCCGCAGGGGGGGCCGGAGCAGCUCCAUUUGGCGCUGGGGGAGGAGCCGUCGGUGAUGACGGUGACCUUCUUUAGCGCGGUGGCCUAUGAGAACUCCAGCUGCAGCCUCCGUGAGGGCUCCGAGGUCCGCACUUUUACCGGCACCUCGAAGCUGUAUAGCAACCUGGGAUGGUCCGGCAGGAUCCAUUCUGUGCGCAUGGACCAGCUGCCUGUGAACAAGCGGCUCUCCUACUCCUGCGACGGGGGCGCGGCUUGGCACGGCUUCCGCACGCCCCCGGCGCGCGGCGCGCUGCCGCUGACCGUGGCCGCGGUGGCGGACCUGGGGGAGAACUGCGACAAGGACGGCUGCGGCAACGCCACCAUUGCGUCCCUGGCCAGCGACAAAUCCUACUCCAUGCUGCUGCAUGCGGGGGACAUUGCGUACACCGACGGGGAUGAGGCCAUUUGGGACCACUUCAUGCGGGAGAUGGAGCCCAUCGCCCGGGAGCGGCCCUAUAUGGUGGGGGUGGGCAACCACGAGCACUUCAACAACUUCACGGGGUACCAGGUUCGCUUCACUAUGCCGGGGGAAGCUGCCCGGUUGAGUGGGAACUUGUGGUACUCCUUCGACUACGGGGGCGUGCACUUCGUGGCCUUCUCCACGGAGCAUCACCUCAGCCUGCAGCUGCCAUUUCUGGAGGCUGACCUGCGAGCGGCCUCGGCCAACCGGGAGAAGGUGCCUUGGGUGGUCGUCUUCGCGCACAAACCCCUCUACUGCUCCACCAACGACUACUACGACUGCCACAUCCACAGUGCCGUCUUGCGACGGGAGCUGGAGCCCUUGUUCAUGAAGCACCAGGUGGACCUCUUCCUGGGUGGCCAUCUGCACAAUUACGAGCGCACCUGGCCGGUGGCACAUAACGUUACGGUGGCCAGGAGCUACACGGACGUUGGGGCCACCGUCCACGUGGUGAUCGGCAACGCGGGGGACGUGGAGGGCCUCACAGACACCUGGCAGAGUUGCCCCGACUGGUCCGUGGUGCGCCAGGCGUCCUUGGGCUACACGCGACUCCAUUUCGAGAACUCCACCACCAUGCGCUUCGAGCUGCUGGAUUCGGUGAACGCCUCGGUGAGGGACGCCUUCACGAUCCGCCGGCCGGUGCCGAAGGUGCCGGCGGAAGUGGUGGAGCAGUGGGCCACUGCGACCUACCGAGGCGUGGACCUCUUCGCGGCGCUCUACGGGAGCGCCGCCACGGCGCGGGAAGCCAUGGCGAGGUCUCGUCUCCCUGCGCCCGAGAAGCUCAAGGAUUGCUCCCAGAUGAGCGACUUCGGGCUGGGAGUGAGCAUCACCAGCAAUUACAUGGAAGUGCCCACCUGA